AUAGCCCUCGGCGGGGCGGCGGCGGGAGGAGCCGUCGGAGCCGUCGCCGCCGUUGUCGGUGUUGUCGCGCCGCGCCGGCAGAGUCAGCACCGCGGACAGCGCCUCGCCCCCCGCGCCCCCAGCAUGACGGCGGAGACCCACCUGCAGGGCGUGGAGAUCUCGGCCGCCCAGUUCUUCGAAAUCUGGCACCACUACGACUCCGACGGCAAUGGGUACAUGGAUGGGAAGGAGCUACAAAACUUCAUCCAGGAGCUGCAGCAGGCACGGAAGAAGGCAGGCUUGGAUUUAACACCUGAAAUGAAAGCAUUUGUGGACCAAUAUGGGAAGACUCCUGAUGGAAAAAUAGGGAUAGUUGAGCUUGCUCAGAUUUUACCGACGGAAGAGAAUUUCCUGUUGUUCUUCAGGUGCCAGCAGCUAAAGUCAAGUGAAGACUUCAUGCAGACAUGGAGAAAAUAUGACAGCGACCACAGUGGCUUCAUUGAUUCUGAGGAACUUAAGAGCUUCUUGAAAGAUUUAUUACAGAAAGCAAAUAAGCAGAUUGAAGAUUCAAAGCUAACAGAAUACACAGAAAUAAUGCUCAGGAUGUUUGACGCAAACAAUGAUGGAAAGUUGGAGCUUACUGAACUGGCCAGACUACUUCCUGUACAGGAAAAUUUUCUUAUUAAAUUUCAGGGUGUCAAAAUGUGUGCAAAAGAAUUCAAUAAAGCCUUUGAGAUGUAUGAUCAAGAUGGCAAUGGCUACAUAGAUGAAAAUGAACUUGAUGCACUACUGAAGGAUCUUUGUGAAAAGAACAAAAAGGAAUUAGACAUUAACAACCUUGCGACAUACAAGAAAAGCAUCAUGGCCUUGUCUGAUGGAGGAAAGCUUUACCGAGCAGAACUGGCUCUUAUCCUCUGCGCUGAGGAAAACUAGAACUCUUCUAUCAUGUCCACUUAACUAGUGAUGUACUCUAUCUACACAAUAACUGUGCACUAUAAGGGAGUAGGCUGUAUUUUUAAACUGCAUAUAGAAAAUUAGCCAGGAUGUGUGGCACAUUCCUUUCAGUUUGUUUCUAUACUGUUUGUAAUGUACAGUUUUUGUAACAAUAAGAUUGAUAAAGAGAAUGUCUAUGUUUGAGCCAGUCUGUAUAUUCAAAAAGAAACUUAAAUAUGUUGGGGUUGGUUUUGGAUUUUUUUUUUCUUUCAUAAACAUGGCUGGAAAAAUUAAACCUUCCAACAUUGCUGUGGUCAUCAUAUCCUUUGACACUUGCAACAUUUUUUGUUGAACCUCAAAACAAAAAGGUCUAUAGAUAACUUUGCCCAUUACUUUUUUUUUAAUGCCAAAUAUGAAUUCAGAUUAAAUAUGAUGUAGGUCUGAAACAUGAAAGAUAUGUUGGCAUGUCUGAUUUCCAAAAUUGAAAAAGGCACUAAAAAACCUUUUCACUUGACAAACCACCCAUUUACAGGUCUGUGCUCUCUGCAGUUUUUCAAUUACUCUUCUCAUUACAAACUCAUAGCAUAUAGACAAAGCAGCUAUCCAGGAUAGAUGUCCAUGCAGUAGUUGAUGAAAAUAUAGUUCAAUCUAGCUGUUCAACUUUACUGAAUUUAAACAUAGGCACUUCAGAAAUAAAUGCCUUUAAUCUGUCUUGGAAUCCUGGCUAAAUGACAGGUAGACUAGUUAAUACACAGAUUAACAUAUGAUAUUAUAAGUGUACCUUUCAUGACUAUUGCUGUGUCAGAGAAUAUGACAAUCCAUUUUCUAAACUAUUUUCACAUUUUGCAGGUUAUAAUUAUUCUAGUAAAUUGCUGUUUUUACAUCAUAUUCUGUGUAAUCUAUAAUUAAAUUUCAUAUCCUAA